CCCAACUCAUUUCAUCUGCAACCAUUGUCGGUCUCAACAAUGACGAGCGUUAUACCUCGAACAGCUCGUCAGCUGAGUCGCACCGCCUCGAGACUACACGUAAACUCAUGCCGACGCGCCGGCGCAAGAUGGAGCUCCUCCGAAAGUGGCCACAAAUGGUCAACACCUUUGGCCAAACAAUUGGCUGAAGCUAUAACAACAACUGGGCCGAUACCGGUAGCUUCGUACAUGCGCCAGGUCCUUACAUCCGACCUGGGAGGCUAUUACACGGGAGCACUGUCUGGUGACCGAGACCAGUUCGGCACCAAAGGAGACUUCGUGACGUCGCCAGAGAUCAGCCAAAUAUUUGGCGAGCUCAUUGGUGUUUGGGUCGUGGCGGAAUGGAUAGCACAAGGCAAAAAGAGCGAGGGCGUAUAUCUCAUGGAAAUGGGUCCUGGGAGAGGGACACUCAUGUCUGACAUGCUCCGUACUAUUCGCAACUUCCCAGCUCUCGCCAAAGCCAUUGAAGCAGUCUACCUGAUCGAGGCAAGCGAGACGUUGCGGCAGGCACAACACAAGCUCCUCUGCGGCGACAAUCCAAUGACAGAAACGAAACUUGGCUGGGAAAGUGUCAGCAAGCAUUCUGCUGACCUUAGAAUCGUUUGGACAGAGGACCACAAGUUCGUGCCGCGAGACGCGGGCAAGACGCCGUUCAUCAUCGCCCACGAGUUCUUCGACGCUCUGCCAAUCCAUGUGUUCCAGUCUACUAAGGUCGAUUCAGAACAGGCGAAGACGAUUCAGACACCAACAGGGCCCAUCGAACGAAGAGGCAGGCCUCAGCCGGGCCACCAAUGGCGCGAACUACUCGUGUCUGCUAAACCACCUCAUAGGCUCAAGGAAGGUGAGCCCGAAUUCGAAAUGUCAAUGUCAAGGACAGCUACUCCACAUUCGAUGUAUCUGCCAGAGACCUCGCCACGAUAUACUGCGCUGAAGAACACCGACGGAGCCACGAUCGAAGUGUCACCCGAGUCGCAAACAUACACACGAGACAUGGCUGUACGAAUUGGUGGAUCGAAUCGGGAAGAGAUUGAUGCUGCUGCGAAGCGCAGACCGCCAGUACCAGGACGAGCUGCUCCACCGACAUCCGAAGCGCCGAUUUCGAAGCCUGAGCCGUCUGGAGCAGCACUCAUAAUCGACUACGGACCAGCAGACCGCAUUCCCAUCAACAGUCUGCGCGGCAUUCGCGCCCACGAACUCGUCUCUCCCUUCGAGCGACCCGGCGAAACAGAUGUCAGUGCAGAUGUCGACUUCCUCGCACUCGCUGAAACCGCAAUCAACUCUUCACCUGGCACCGAGGUCCACGGGCCCGUCAGUCAAGCCAACUUUCUCAAUGCAAUGGGCAUACAAGAAAGAGCAGCGCAACUGGUGAAAAAAGCCAUUGACGAUGAAAGAGCAGGCAAAGGUGGAAAGGACAAGUCAGAAUUGACAGAAUUGGUGAAGAGAAUCGAAUCUGGCUGGAAAAGGUUGAUUGAUACAAGCCCGCAAGGCAUGGGCAGACUCUAUCAUGUUAUGGCCAUUGUGCCAUACGCUCCACCGCAAGAAGGACAACCACGACGGAGACCUGUCGGGUUCGGCGGCGACAUUCCCGCGUGAACGGCUUCCUGCUAGGGAUGCCUCUCAUGAAUCGCCGUUCACCGCGACCUCAGUCGCCUUCUUCUGUGCUGGGCGUAUCAUGACUGUCGAGAUGUACGCUCCGUUCAUCAGCGGAAGCUCUUUGACCUCCUGGAAGCCCCAUCGAGCAUAUGUCCUCUUCGCCAUCGGGGUCGAUUCGAGGAUGGCAUCCCGUCCGUCACGGUCGAUCAGCUCUUGCAUGGAAUACUGUAGCAGCUUUCCGGCCACUCCUUUGCCCCAGUGAUCCGGAUGAACGG